ACUCAUUCACAAAAUCCAACACAUUUAUUUGUCUUCUUUGUUUGUGUCUAUUAUAUUCACAUAUAGCUAUGUAUAAUCUAGCUGUCUUUAAACUUUAUCUUAUAUUUCUUAUUUUCAAUUUUUUUCUAUCUCUAAAACUUCUUCUUCUACCUUCAAAAUCCAUUUCAUUGAGCCUCUUAUGGCUUUUUCUCAACAAAAUUCAAAAGGGUCUUCUUCUUCUUCUUCAUCUAAGUUCAAAAGGGUAUCUUCAACUUUUGAAAGAUCAAAUUUUUCUAAGUCUUUUGUGUUAGAAAAUUCAACAAUGGUUGAAACUUUGGUGAAUGGUGAUGAUGGUGAUGGUUCCAUUAUUAAUGGAGUGAUUGGUAUUCUUAGUGGUUACAUAGGAAGAUAUGUAAAAGAUGAUAGUUUUAGAAAAACUAUUAGAGAGAAAUGUAUUUCUUUCUUGGAUAGAAUAAGAAAAAGAAGAAGAAAAGAUGCCGAUGAUGAUGAUGCCGAUGAUGAUGAAAUCUUUGUGAACAUUGAUUUUUGUAUGGAGAAAAUUGAUAAGUUGAUAGAAGUUUAUCAUCAAGGAACAAAGAAACAAGUUACAAUGAUGAAAAGCUUAAGAAAUUCUAUUGAGCUUUUAACCAAAAUUGCUUCUAAAUCUCAACUUUCAUCUUGUGCUCAACUUUACUUAGCAAUAGCUUAUAAGUUGAUGAAAAAUGAUAAAGUUUCUUCAAAGUUUUUACUUCAAGUGUUUUGUUAUUCACCAAAUUUGGCUAGAACUUAUUUACUUUGUGACCUUUGGGAGCAUUUGUUUCUACCUCAUCUACUUCAUCUAAAAAUUUGGUAUACUAGUGAAUUUGAAUUUCUUUCAAAUGAAGUUUAUGGUGAGAAGGAAAAGAAAAUCAAAGUUUUGAACAAAGUUUACAAUGAAAAAAUGGAUAGUGGAACUUAUCUUUUUGCUAUGUAUUAUAAGCAAUGGCUUAAAGUUAGUGGCGCCGGUGAGCCUCCUCUUCCGAUUGUUCCCCUGCCGUCAAGGCCAAGUUAUAGAUCAUCAAGAAGAAUGUCUUCAGAUUCUACCAUUUCUAAUUCUUCCAUUAAUCCAAACUUAUACAAGGCAGUGUUUGGCCUCAAAGAAGAGAAGCAAAAACCUACCUGUCUUGGUGACAAAAGUGGAAUUAUGACACUAAGCAAGAAAUUAGAGAUUGAUAAAAAAUUCCAAGGAGAUGAUUACAAAUGCAGUUCAGUUCAGAAACAAGACAGAUUCUCUUUUGAAAGAUCAUCAAGCCAAAUUGACAAGAAUCAAGCUCAAAGAUUGGAUUAUUUUAAGUGCUUAUCUUGCAGGUUCAUACCAACAGAAACCAUGUCAAAAAUCAACUAUAUUAAAUCUAAGAAUGCUUCUUUAAGUGUUCUUUCAAGUGACUUAGUUGAAGCUAUUCGAACUAUAUGUUCAUCCGACAUUCUAACUGAAUGCGAAUUUGCUAUUCGUGUUGUCACCAAAGCUUGGUUGAACUCACCCGGUGAUCCUCUCAUCGAAGAAGCAUUGACACAAACCAAUGUAGUUGAAGGUAUCUUAGAGGUUUUAUAUGUCUCAACCGAAGAUGAAAUUCUCGAAUUGAUUAUAUCAAUUUUGGCGGAAUUAAUGACAAGAAAUGAUUCAAUUAGACAAAUAAUACUAAAUUCUGAUCCACAAUUAGAAGUUUUUGUGAGACUUUUAAGAAGUACUAGUCUUUUUCUUAAGGCUUCGGUGCUUCUUUAUUUGUCGAAACCAAUGGCGAAACAAAUGAUAUCAUCAGAAUGGGUGCCAUUGAUACUUAGAGUAUUGGAAUUUGGUGACAAAUUGCAAACACUUUUCACAGUUCAAUGUAGUCCUCAAGUUGCAGCAUUUUAUAUUUUGGAUCAACUUUUAAACGGUUUCGAUGAAGAUAAGAAUUUGGAGAAUGCUAGACAAGUUCUUUCACUUGGUGGAUUGACACUUUUGAUGAAAAGAAUUGAAGAUGGAGAGAUGAAUGAGAGGGAGAAUUCUGCUUUGAUUAUUUCGUGUUGCGUUCGAGCCGAAGGAAGUUGCAGAAGCUACUUAGCUGAGAAUAUUAAUAAGAGUUCAUUGCUUGAACUCAUUGUUCUUGGAUGGAAACAAAAUUCAAGUGGUAAUGCAUUGUUUGUGAUAUCUGAGUUGCUUUCCCUUGAUAGAAGAACCAAGAUUUUGAAAUUCUUAAGAGGACUCAAUGAUGGAUGGAGUGGCUUAAACACAAUGCACAUUUUCUUCACAUACCUUCAAAAGGCUCCACAAGAAGAAAGGCCUUUAGUUGCAGUGAUAUUAUUGAUGCUUGAUCUUAUGGAAGAUAAUUUCAAGGGGAGCAUAUAUAGAGAAGAAGCUAUUGAAGCAAUUGUAGCUUCUUUAAAUUGUCAAAUAUGUGAUGAUAGAGUUCAACAGCAAUCAGCAAAAGCUCUACUUUUAUUAGGAGGCCAUUUUUCUUAUGCAGGGGAAUCAUUAAUGGAAAAAUUGUUUUUACAAAAAUCAGGUUUCCAAGAAUUUUGCUUAGAAGAUUCAUUUCCUCCUUGCAAAGAAAUUGUUGCUUAUGAUUCAAUUCACAAGGAGGAAGAAGAAAAUGAAAGUUGGCAAAAAAAAGUAGCUUAUGUCUUAUUCAAAAGUGAAAAUAGAAAAUUGCUAUCUGCACUUGCAAAUUCUAUAGCCAAUGGGAUCCCAUGCUUAGCACGUGCAAGUCUUGCAACUAUUUCAUGGAUGUGUAGCUAUCUUCACUUAGUUGAAGAUACAAAGUUUACAUCAAUGGCUUUCUCAAUCUUCACACCACAUUUGCUACAAUCAUUGAAUUAUGAUAAUGAUGUUGAAGAAAGAGUACUUGCUUCAUAUUCAUUGUUGCAUCUUACAAAAAAUUCAGGAUGUGACUCUAUCCUACCAUCACUAAACAAAGACUCACUCAAACAUCUAAGAAAUCUCUCCCUAGUGACGUGGACUGCCAAUGAACUUAUCUCAAUAUUCUCAAAAAGAAGCAUGCAAUUAAAUCAAUAAUAGCCAGUCUCAUAUUUGUUGAAUAUACCUAUUGUAUGUUUCAAAGAACGGUGAGUUUGAUAAAAUUACAGUGACAUUAUGAUUCAGCUAUAGAGUAUAAUUUUUGUCAAAAUUACUGUGUCUCAUUGUAAUUUUGAUAAUCUCAUCGUCAAUUCAAAAAUAAAUUCAAUUAAUUAGUUGUAUUUUCCUUAUUAUCAUUCCCUUUCAUUUUCACAUAAGCUGGAUUGUAACCAUAUAUCCAUGAAUUUUGUAUAGUUGAUUAACUUGAAAAAGGAAGGGAAUAUUUUCCACCAAAA